GUUCUCCCGGAGCUGUGCUCCUGCUGAUUGCUUUCGCCCCUGUUGAAGCUCUUUUCACUACUUGAGUUCGAAGAACCUGCUUUCGGCAAGUCUUACUCCCGCGUGUGACCUUCCUCUUACCCUCUCUUCCCCACCAUCUGUCACCAUGGCGGAUCCUACCGAUCUGAACCUGGAUGCACCCAGUGACUUACAAGAUAUUCCGGACAUGUCCAUGCAACUACUUCCCCCGCCUGAGGGGACAUAUCCUGAUAAGGCGACGCUUCUUGCAGCAGUGCAGGCACACGGAAAAGCUCAUGGAUACAACGUCGUAGUCAAGUCGUCCAGCACUCCCACGGAAAAGAAACCGGGGCGGACUGCCAAGGUCUGGUUGCGAUGCGAUCGCGGGGGCCACUAUCGCCCGCGCAACGGGCUCACUGAGGAAACUAGGAAGCGGCGGCGCACAUCCCGGUUGAUGGAUUGCCCGUUCAUGCUAGUUGCAGCUGGAACUCCUGGGAUUUGGACGCUGACUGUUCUGAAUGCCACACACAAUCAUGGCCCGAUUGUCGAAAAGCCUCGGCAGGUCCCUCAUCAUAAGGUCCGGAAGGGCCAGAUCGCAGCGGUACCCUACGAUUGGCCGCACGAUGCGACGCUGACCCCUUAUACGACGGCGUUAGUAAUUAUUGACAUGCAAAAGGACUUCUGUUUGCCGGGUGGAUACAUGAGCCUUCAGGGCUACGACAUAUCGGCUAAUCAGGCACUAAUUCCUAAAUUACAACAUCUGCUGAAUGCAUUCCGUUCAUCCGGUUUUCCCAUAUACCACACUCGGGAAGGACAUCGGCCCGAUUUGUCGACGCUGUCUAGUAGAGAGGCCUACCGUUCACAAAACAAUGCUUCUGGCAUGGGGAUUGGAUCUCCCGGACCCCUAGGCCGUCUGCUGAUACGUGGCGAGGUGGGUCACGACACCGUUGACGAAUUGUACCCAGUUCACGGGGAACCGGUAAUCGACAAACCAGGCCGGAGUGCGUUUGCACACACCGAUUUCGAACUCAUCCUUCGCAAUCGCGGUAUUAAGAACCUGGUGUUAGUGGGUGUAACGAUCGAUGUGUGCGUUGCGACGACUAUGCGCGAGGCCAACGACCGAGGCUUUGACUGCGUGGUGCUUGAAGACGGAACUGCAGCCAGCGAACCGUCCCUUCAUGUGAGUGCCAUCGAGUCAAUUAAGAUGGAGGGAGGCAUCUUCGGGGCAGUAGCCAAACUAGAGGACGUGAUGCACGCAGUGGAGAACUUCAAAGCCGUGACUGUGAAGAAGCUGGCACCGCAGAUGACGGUAUGAUGGGUGGCGUGGGGAUGGUCCAACUUUUGCCUUUUUCUCUUUUACCUCUUUGCUACUCCCCGCCCACAGAGGCCUUCUGACUUUAUCGGAAUCAACAUUGGGGUAUCAUUCAGCGCUAUCAAAAUCGGAGGAACGAUCUGCCACUGGGAUAGAGGAGUCAUCAUCAGGACGGACAAGGACAAGAAAUAGUAACGAAGCUAUGAAUACGAUUUAUG